AUGAGCCUCGCAUUUGUCCAGCCUUUGCAUGGUGCAGCACCGCUACCCUUGCUGCGUGCACAGCAGACUCCGCCAAAGGCCCCACCAGCAGAUGGCAUGAAAUCCUCCAGCCUCAUCGUGGGCGGUGCCGCCUGUGCUGUGGCCGCUGGUCGCACCCGGCGGACGAAGGUCCUGGCGACGGAGUCACGAACCAGGACAGUGAAUCCUGCAACAAAUGAGCCAGAAGACCCCAAGGACUUUCCCAAACCCAGCUGCAUUAACGAAACAGACAACUACAAAGAAUCAGAAGCUUUGACGCAGAAGCUCAUGGCACUGAAGGGCAAGGGGGAAUCCAAGACGGUUGCCAUUAUUGGUGGUGGCCUCUCAGGCCUGGCAUGUGCCAAGUAUUUGGUGGAUGCAGGGCAUAAGCCUAUUGUUUUGGAAGCUCGCGACUGCCUGGGGGGCAAAGUCUCUGCCUGGAAAGACAAGGAUGGCGACUGGGUGGAGACCGGCUUGCAUAUAUUUUUCGGCGCCUAUCCCAACAUGAUGAACCUCUUCUCAGAGCUGGACAUCGAAGACCGUUUGCAGUGGAAACGCCAUCAGAUGAUCUUUGCGAUGCAGGAGUUGCCGGGUGAGUUUACCACCUUCGACUUCUUGGAGGGCAUUCCAGCACCUUUCAAUUUUGGACUGUCCAUCCUACUGAAUCAGAAGAUGCUUACACUCCCUGAAAAGCUCCAAACUGCUCCAGCGCUCCUGCCAAUGCUGGUGGAAGGGCAGAAGUUCAUCGAUUUGCAAGACGAGCUCUCAGUCUUGAAUUUUAUGGAGAAAUACGGCAUGCCUGACAGGAUCAACACGGAGGUCUUCAUUGCGAUGGCAAAGGCGUUGGAUUUUAUUGAUCCCGAGAAGCUCUCCAUGACCGUGGUCCUUACUGCUAUGAACCGAUUCCUGAAUGAGACCGAUGGCCUCCAAAUGGCCUUCAUCGAUGGAAAUCAGACAGUGCGUCUGUGUGAGCCAUUGAAGGAAUACAUUGAAUCAAGAGGUGGCCAAGUUCUUUGCGAGAAGCCCCUGGCCAGAAUUGAGACCAAUGAAGAUGGCUCUGUGAAGUGCUUUAAGCUGCGAAAUGGCCAGGAGGUUGUGGCAGACGAGUAUGUCUCCUCAGUACCUUGCGACAUCAUGAAACGCAUUUUGCCCCGAGCUUGGUCUACGGACCCAUUCUUCAGACAGAUUGACGAGCUGGAGGGCAUCCCUGUGAUUAACAUUCAUCUUUGGAUGGGCAAGAGUGACGAGGAGAUUGUGGCGGCGACCAUGAAGGAGCUGGAAAGACUAUUUCCCACGGAGAUCGGGGAACACUUGCCAGAUGGUGGAGCGAAGCUGCUGAAGCACGCUGUGGUAAAGGUGCCCAGAAGUGUUUACGCAGCCAUUCCCGGCCGAAACAAGUUCCGCCCUUCGCAGGAGACUCCCAUCAAAAACUUCACACUCGCGGGUGAUUGGACCAGCCAGAAGUUCUUGGGGAGCAUGGAGGGUGCAAUUCUCGGUGGCAAGUUGGCAGCAGAAGUGGUCGCCUGCAAAGCGGCUGGUGAGCCGACCAAGGGCUUGAAGGAGGUUGACCCAUCCAUCCUUGCGAAGAAGGACACAUUUGUGGCAAAAGAUCCCAUGGGCGUCAAGGGAAAGACACCCAUCGCCUUUGGCGGUGGUGAAGUCCUGGGCAGUGGAUUCGUGCCUUGGCCUUUCAGUUUCAGAUUGGUUCCUGAGGGCCGAUUUUUGGGGAGGUAA